AUGAGGGACGUUGGUCUUGUUGCAGCUUUCUCAGUCAUGGUUCUGAUGGACCUUGUUGGCAACACAAUGGUUAUCCUCGUAAUACUCUUAAACAAGUCCAUGAAAACACCAAUGAAUCGCCUGUUGCUAAACUUGGCCGUUGCAGAUGUGACAGUGGCCAUUUUCACGGCAUUACAGUUCGUUCUUGGACCCUUUUAUCAACACCCAACUGGAAGCACAGGGGCUUUAUUGUGUAAGUUCAUCACAGGGGGGCCUAUGAUAUGGACAGCAGCACUUGUAUCAAUAUGCAACUUAGUUGCCAUCUCGUAUGAAAGAUAUCAAGCGGUUGUGCUGCCCCUUUCAGGCCGUGGAGAAAUUACCAACUGGAAACUUAAAUUCAUCAUCCCAGGCUGCUGGUUGGCGGGCUUCCUUUGGAAUAUUCCUCUUCUUGUGACCGUGACCUAUCAAGAGGAAUCAGGAGCCUGUGGAGAGUAUUGGCCAGGCCCCGUAUCGCCGAUAGCUUACAGUUUAGGGUGGGACGUAGUUGCUGGAAUACUGCCCAUCACUGCAAUGAGUUAUUGGUACUCAAAAGUGGUUUGCCACCUUUGGUUUAAUAAAACUCCUGGGGUUAAAUCUGCGGCUACUAAGAUGGUUAUUUUGCAAAGAAAAAGGGCAACCUUAGUAGUCAUCUCUGUUAGCAUCAUCUACGCCAUAUGUUGGGUACCAGUCCUAGUGAUGUACACUGUGACCCACACCCUUCCAAAUCAGGAAUUGUACAGUCGUUUACAUAGAGUCACCAUUUUAUUAGCCAUGUUUAAUUCUUGCAUCAAUCCAGUUGUGUACAGCUUCACUAGUACUCGUUUUCGAACACAAUUUUUAAGACUUAUAAGGUGCACGAGAACAGCUAAGGGCCAGCUAGCCUCCUCUCACAAAAAGCAACAAGAGAAAACGAUAGUGUACCUCUGAGAAUUUACAAAGAAGAAAUCCAAAGAGAGGUUGAUCCUGCUUCUGUUUUGUUAUUCUAAUGAACUCAUGGCUAGAAGGCUGAAAUUUCAAGUGGCCAAUCGCUGUCAUUUUACGUAAGCAGAAUCGCAAACUCUUUACCAUAUCUAGAAAGUCAGGGUACUACAUUAAACCUUUGACUCUCAAGAUUUCAAAAGUAAUUCUCCUCACCAUCUGCCAUAUAAUUUAUGUGAUGUUAGUUUCGACCAAGAAUCCCCUUAUUGAUAUUUUUCUUUAUUCUCAUUACUUGUCUGCUUGAUAUCAUACUGAUAAUGUGAGGAGAAAUUCUGUCUAGGUCACUAGUGGGACUUAAAGGGUUAAGACUUAUCUUAAUUCAAUCUAAAUGGAGGAUAUCUUGUAAAAAGGCCGAUAUACCAUUUAGAAAUAACAACAGUAUGAGGGGCACUUUGACCUUGUGGCUCCUACAUGUACAUCAGUAUCUUGUUAAAGACCCAGAUCCCAGUCCCCACUAUGCUUAUUGUCUUAUGUUUGCCCAGGAAAAGCAAUGGUUUCUCAGAAUCUAUUUCCAAUGAACCAAAAGUUCAUAGAGAAGACAACUACAAGACAACAAUACAACGUGUAAUUCACAUAAACCAAUGACACUAAUUUAUUAUAAUUACUCUAUUUUACAACAUUGUUGAGUGAUUAGAAAUGUUUUU